GCCGACGGGAGUGGUGCUUCCGUAGCGUUGCGGUGGUGUGGUGACGAUGUCUGGUCGCGGCAAAGGCGGGAAGGGCCUGGGCAAGGGGGGCGCCAAGCGCCACCGCAAGGUGCUGCGCGACAACAUCCAGGGCAUCACCAAGCCCGCCAUCCGGCGGCUGGCCCGGCGCGGCGGCGUCAAGCGCAUCUCCGGCCUCAUCUACGAGGAGACCCGCGGGGUGCUCAAGGUGUUCCUAGAGAACGUGAUCCGGGACGCCGUCACCUACACGGAGCACGCCAAGCGCAAGACGGUCACGGCCAUGGACGUGGUGUACGCGCUCAAGCGCCAGGGCCGCACCCUCUACGGCUUCGGGGGCUAAGUGUCCUCGUUCACGCCACCGAAAGCAUGCGAUUCUCACCCAAAGGCCCUUUUCAGGGCCACCUACCGCGUCCUCCAAAAGCGCUGUCCACUUCGUGUUCCCCAGUCGCUGUUGAGC